AAGGACGAGGAGGAAUGUUCUACGUGGAUCUGAAGGAGGCGCAGCAGGAGGAGGAGGAGGAGGAGGAUGAGGAGACACUUGAGGAAGACACGAGUCCCACUCCACCUGAAGGACACAGUAAGUGCAGUGCUGAACAGCGUUCCUAUUGCGAGACGCCAGUAAUUCACACACGUGCAAGUGUUACGUUUGAGUUCUGACCGUCCCUGGAUCGAGUGACCCCCGUGCCGCCAGUGUGGUUGACGUUGCCCUCCACCCAGCCAUCACUGCCUCUCCGCCAGGUGUGUGCUGGGGAGUCCUGUGUGUCACCGCAUGGUGUGCAGGCAGCGACUCUCUACGUGUCCUGAAGUGUGACACUGAACAUAAUGGUGAUGACGCGAGCUGAUGGGGUGUGGGCAGUGGGCGGUGGUGAGGAGGAGGUGAAGGAAGGGGGCCACGGUGCUAGUGGUGACGCUGCUGCAGGAGUGAACAGCAACGAGGUGAUGGAAGGCAAAAAAGAAGACACCGCCAUCAACAAGGAAAAGAAAGUGAAGCUAAUCCUGAAGGUGCGUGAUAACAGCAGCGGUGACAAGCAGAUGACGCAGGAGGAGGACAGUGAAGAGUGGGCGUGCAGGGCCAGGCAACGCAGCAACAGCAUACAGGACCGGCGAGGCCCACGCGAGCCGGGGAGUCGCGCCCUCAGGCUGCCCGUGACCAGGUCUCAAUCUUCCCAUGGGUUGAUGGCGCGGGCCACUGACGGCAGUCAGGCCGCUACCAAGAGCGAGCCGCCCUCCAGCCAGUCCAGCCCCCGCAGCCCCGCCCUCAAGGUGCUGAGCAAAGUGUUCAGCUUCAAGGAGCGCCGCUCUCCGCCCUGGUCCCCGAAAUGCAUGAGAAGGUCGCAGUCCCAGAGCACCAACAAAACCUCGCCCUCCAGCCUCAGAAAGAGGAGGAGCUUCCACCUGCCACCCACCUCGCCUGACGAGCUGGAGGCCAAGUGGUUCCCGGAAACUGCGGUGGCAUCCUCCCGCGGGAGCAGCAGCCCCCGCCCUCUAUCCAGCCCCAGCACGCCCUCCAGCCCCCGCCCACCCUCCAGCCCCCGCACCCCCGGCACCCCUGGCAGCCCUCACAGCCCACUCGUCACUCACGCCCACCCUCAGCAGCGCUCGCAGUUUUUCGUAUCCCUGGCCAAGACAAGUCCCAACGGCGACUCUUCGGUCACCACGUCCGGCGUCCCGGAGACCGGCGGCGUGAUCUACCGGCCACACGCCCGAAUGAGGGCGGCCAUGGUCGGCAGGUACCACUGGCGCACCAAGUCUGAUACCUUCUCGCUGAAGCCCGCCGUGGUGGAGGUGUCCAGGAAGAGGAGCAGAGAUGACUCCGAGUGUGACUCUCUACCCUUCGAUGAAAGAACGAAAGGUGUCGAUGGCGCCCUCUACCUCCCACGGGGCCCAGGGCUGGACGACAAGAUGCGGGCUGAGAUAUCCGGGGAGAACAUGCUGGACCUGCUGGAGAAGAUGGCCAAGUACCGCAUUGAUGACCAGCGCUGCUCCCUGCCCCACCCCAUCCUCUACCCGGCCCAGGGCGUGAGAGAGGGCCCGGGCAAGCCACCACCUGACAAGGAAGAACCCUCCGCCAAGGCUUCAAGCAGAAUCCGCCUGGAGGAGACCCUGAACCAGCCCCCGCCCUACCAGCAGGUGGUUCUUCCCGACAAGGGCGAGUACUGGGAUGAGCGGCCAGCGGGGGGCGGCGACCCUGACCUUACCCCCACCAGCACCACCGGCUCCAUCAACAACAACAACAACAACAACAUCAACAACAACACCAAUAAGUUCGAGACUGAUGAAACGGCGACCUACUACAGACGGUUCUUCUCAGGCCAGGAGCACUGGAACUUCUAUAGUGUGGAUGCGUCGCAGGGGCCCGUGGUGGUGAGUCAGCGGCGGGAGGGGGACAAGGUGAGGAUACUGGUGAGGCUGAGUGACGGCCUGCACCACGCCUACAUCCCCGCCACCGGACAGGACCUAAAACCCGCUGCCCUGGUGAAGCGUGUGAAGGAGGACCUGUCAGUGGAGCGGUUCAGCCCCGUGGUGAGCCCCGAGGCGCCGCAGCUCAUCCUGGAGUAUGACGAGCAUGCCCUCAAGAACCAAUUCAAGUUUGGCCUCAUUGUGCAGCGCUUCCGUCAGACUGUGGAGGAGCAGCUCUUUGCCAACACCGGCCACUCCCCCGCCCUGGAGCAGUUCCUCAGCCUCAUGGGCCGCAGGGUCAAGUUGAAGGAGCAUGAAGGGUUUAAGGGCGGCCUGGACACACAGUUCGGGCAGACUGGGGAGGAGAGCUUGUACGAGGUGUUCCGGGAGAAGGAGGUGAUGUUCCACGUGUCCACCAUGCUGCCAUUCAAGGAGCAGGACCCACAGCAGCUGGAGCGCAAGAGGCACAUCGGCAACGACAUGGUGGCUGUGGUCUUCCAGGAGGAGAACACACCCUUUGCCCCAGACAUGGUGGCCUCUCACUUCCUCCAUGCCUAUGUGGUGGUCCAGCCCAUCGACCCGUGCACCCACAACACUAGGUAUCGGGUGAGUGUUACAGCGAGGUCUGACGUUCCCUUCUUCGGCCCCACGCUUCCACCUUCCUCCACCUUCGCCCACGGCCCGCUCUUCAAGGAGUUUCUGCUCACCAAGCUGAUCAACGCUGAGAUGGCCUGUUAUAAGGCACACCGAUUUGCCAAGCUGGAGGCACGCACUCGCAGCUCUCUCCUCAACACUCUCGUUGAAGACCUGCGGAACAAGACGAGUGAAUUCUUGGGCCAAGCAGAGGUGCAGGAGGCCCCCAAGGCAGAGCCCCCAACCACCAGGUUCAGGGACAUCGUGGCUUCACUAAUAGGCCGCAAGAACCAGGAUGGAACCAGCGCACCGGCGGGAAAGAAACCCCCACAGACACCCAACACCCUGGUGACCAUCACUCCUCAGAGCACUCGCAGCAAGGGCAGUGGGGAGAGCAGUGGGCCACGGACGCCCCCAUCCAGCCCAGACACCACACCCAACACUCACCUGGCACACUAUGAGAGCGACGACUCCUCCCUCAACUCCAUGGACAUUGACAGCCACCCACAUCCACUCAACGAGGACUCCGACACCGGCCUGGAGUCCAUGUCGUCCGCUGAGACCCCACACAAGGUUGCCGCCGCGUGUCCGCUGUGUGGGGGCCAGGAGGAGGGUCCCUGCGCCCUCCACGCUGACCCCGAGGCCGUCCUGCGCCAGGUGGAGGCACUCAAGCAGGAGAUUAACAAGCUCAAGUGUGAUAAACUGGAUCUCCUAAGGCAAAAUGUGACUUGCCAGCGAGAUAUUAAGAAACUCAAGGAGAAAGAAUUAAAACACGCUAGUGAUCUUGUGUCUGCCACCAAGGAGAUUGCGAGACUGCAGGGUCUUCUCAGUGACUUUGGAACGGGCCAGGUGUCCGCUGUGUGAGGUCAGGGCAGAUCAGAUGUGGCUGGUUUGUCCCCUCCCCUCCCCAGUGACCUUGUAGCGUGGAGCUGAGGUCAAGGGUUAGCACUGGUGUGGAAAGAGGUCAGAGAGGUGUGUGUUAUACCUGACCACCUCUCUUUUUCUCUCAUUCUCCCUCUCCCCAAGGUGAACGGAAUGCAAUAAGUGUCGAUCUGUCUUUUCUUGUUGAUUUUCACUGUGACAUUAUCUUUGCAAGGUUUUGUUUUGUAUCAUAAUUUGUUUUCUUGAGUGUCUUGAUCAAGUCUCCUCCUCUUUAAGUUUCGAACAAGUGAUGUUGCCUCUCUUUAUAACACACUGUCCAGCCUCACCCUCUUUCCAUCCUCUUCUUCAUUCAAGUCCACCUUUUUUUUUUUUUUUUUUUUUUUUUUUUUUUUUUUAUGUUCUCCAGUCAUUAUUUCCCACCAUUCAGUUCAGCUGAUCGACUUAACUGGUUCAGGAGGAGUUGUGUCUGCGUGCGAGCGUAGCAGUGCUGUGAGGGAGAGGCCGUGUGUGUGUGUGUGUGUGCAAGAGUGUGAGCACAUAAGUCUGUGUACAUGAUUUGCUUAUCUGUCUGCCGCCUCUUUCACACUGGCCAAAGAUGAUACCAAAGUGUGUACAUAAUUGUGGUACAGACCAGUGUGGUUGACAAGAUAAAUACAAAAAAAUACUGAGGGUGACAGAAAUAAUGUUGAUACCCUCAAAAAAAAGUUAUAAAGUAUAUAUAUAUAUAUAUAUAUAUAUAUAUAUAUAUAUAUAUAUAUAUAUAUAUAUAUAUAUAUAUAUAUAUAUAUAUAUAUAUAUAUAUAUAUAUAUGAUUGGAAAAGAAAGAGCAGUGGCGGCAACAACUGUGAACUCUGAACUGUGGAAUCUCCCUCCCUCCUCCCUCUUACCUGGAUCAAGGACACAAGGCCAGCCGGCAAUGCUCUGCUGGGCCGGGAACAAAAAGACAGACAGUGUGUAGCAUUUAUUAUCCACUUGUUCAAAAACCAGAAAAAGAAAAAAAAAAAAGAUUGAAAUGUACCGUACCUUAACCCGAUACGUAUGCCGUUCCCCUUCCGUAAGGCUCACCACAUGUAAGUAAAGGUGAGAUUUCUGUUUUCACCUUGUGGACAUUGAUUCUUAUUGUGCUUGUUUCCUUCCAAAACACACACAUACAGAUGCACAAUCCCACACGUGUAUAAAUUAAUGCACAUGCACAUACAUACACAUAUACACAGACAUACACAAACUUAUCCCAGCUUAUUAUACCAAAUAUGUAGCUUUAAGUUGACUCGAGAGGAUCCUGCAGUUUUUAGUCAUUCCCAGAUUUGUAUAAUAUUCCUGCCCUCAUUACCAUCUGUUGGCAACUUCCUUUCUCCUCUCAUCGUCCAGUCACAUUAUUUUUGUGUCCUCGUCUUGCCUUCCAUCCCAUGAUUGUGUUACUGACAGCGAACAGCAACACUAAUCCCAUCAGUGUUCUGAUAGAGGGAAACUUGAAAGAUAAUUCAUACUUGUGAUCCACUAUGUGAUGUGAGGAGAUGUGUGGUGUGUGGAGGAGGAUUGGGUGUUUGUUGCUUCCUGGUGAUGUGAAGAAAUUGUUUUUUCUUGAGUCAGGAAAAUGAAAUAAGCAUUUUCCUUGGUGACUAAAAGAAGGAAGGUGUGGCAGUUUGUUUCCAACAUUUGGAAAAGUGAUUUUUACUAUGAUUAGGUCCUGGAUAGUCUUAAAAUGAUAGUUACUUAAAUUAUUUCCUGUAAAUUGAUACCUUACUCAUUGGUGGCACAAAAGCAGGCCUGGUUUUCUUGCAAGUCAAUGACAUCAACAAAGGAGGAGUUGUUUGUGGUGCAGUAACCAGUGUGGGGAGUGAGCUCAGCAUGCUGGUGCUGCUGGUUGUGGUGAGGGAAGCAUCAAGGAGUGCUGUGUGUAUUAGUGUGUAUGCAUGUCUAGCCACUAGCAAGGAAGGUCUGGAUGGUGAAUGUCUACUAGGCAUCUCUGUAGACCCAGAUUACCUGUGUGUUGUGUCUUCAUGUCAUGUUGGCCUGACACAGCAGGGAAUUGUUUCCAUGCUACAGGAAUGAAGUGAAAAUUGUUGUCAAGUAAUUGUAACAUUCUGCCUGAUUGCAUUUGAGAGACUGCUCAGCAUAGAUCCUAACUUUUUUGUAGCUCCAUAAUACAUGUGCUAACAUUUGAGUACAUACUGUAACAUAUAAGAGGUUCUGUAACUCCUAACUAUAGAACUAAACUAAUGGAAUCCAGUCCAUACUUGCUCACAUCUUAUCCUUUGCUGACUUUGAACAUAGGACGCGAGGAGCAUUGCCGCGUCAUGUACGCUAACCAAGCUUGAAUCAAGUGUCAAAUGUCAACUGUGGUAACUUAGGUGCUUACUAGAUCAAAUACAUGAAGAUGAUCAAAUAGAUUAGCUUCAAAUCAUCUUGAAUCUUCCUUACUAAUGGUCUGAGCAGCUUGAAGAAUUUGUUCCAAGUUGUGAUUUCAAUUCAUUAUCCUGUUGUUGAGAAAGGUUUAGCUCCUUUUGGCUUCACAUGUUUGUUGUUCAUUUGUCCCUCGAUUUGUGAUCUGAGUAACCAUAGAUGUUCUCUUUUCAUGUACCCAUAGAAUGCUGUUCCCUCAGUAGCUCAUAGGGUUCAACACUGUGUUCAGGAUAAAAGUUAUAUCUGCAUAAUUAUGGUAUGUAGUAUAUAUAUGUGCUGAUCUUACUGGACACUUUGUUCAAUUUUGUCUGGGUUAUGUAGUCAUUAGUCGUUACACUUAUACUUUGAUGUCAUUUAUGAUUCUAAAGGUUACAUAAGUAAUCUGGGCUGGUGCCAAGAUCAUCUGCAGACCAGGGAAUUGUUUGAAACUGUGAGGAAAACAAAGCAAAAAAAAGAGUGUAUGGCGAGAUGAAUGGAGUAAUGGAAGGCAGUGAUCCUCUUUUGUUUCUUGUGACUUGACUGAGUGACCUGAUGUGGAAUGUUGCAGUCAGGUCAAGAGAGAAGUGACCUUUACUGAGCUUUACUAAGUGGUAGGUCAGGUCAUCUUAGGUAAAUGAAAGUACAUACAUAGGUGUGAGAAAGUGAGAGAAUGAAAACUUUUGAUCAAUAUUAUUAGGAAAAAUGAAAAUGCUGAUGUGUAUUAUUAUUAAGUUUUCUACACAAUUUAAGUUUAAAGAUUCUACAAAGAUAUAUAUAUAUAUAGAUACAGUAUAUAUAUAUUAUAUUAUAUAUGUCACCACAGCCGCUGAGAGGCAAGUGGUGCGCACAAUGCCUAGUAAGUAUUGCACACAGCUCCCUUCCAACCCUAGGUAUUUAUAACCACCAUAACUGUGUUGCAGGGCCCAGCCACACCCUAGGUACCUCAGGGUGUUACUGUUAGGGUGUGUAGGCUAUCAGUGUGUAGCUUGCAGGGUGUUACAUAAUGGUGUGUCAACAUAAACAAACAACCCAAGGGAAGAAGUCAGUGUGUAGCCUCCAGUACAGCACUCACAUUCUUCACUCAUUGGCUCACCAAUAUUGGAACCUGUAUUUAUUUUUACCAUGAUCACUGAUUAUUGGACAUAUUUAAUUGUUACCCUGUCUUUUGUCUUCUUAUUUUUUGUGAGUCUGCUGGAGGAGUGUUGACGUGUCCCUUCAGCCGUCAGAGCUACAGGAGGGCACGGACAGUGUGCUUGUAGCAUGACAUGGUGGCAUGGCUGGACCUCCUGACCCACUACCCCAGCCAGGGCAGAGCAGGUCAGGUCAGGUUGGACAGGAUUAUGGGAGCCACACUGAAAGAGUAGGAGAAUUGUACAAAAAAAAACUUUAUUUUGCUAUGAUAGGUAGUGGGACCGUGCAGAUGUGAGCUCCAGCUGGCAGUGUGGCUUGGAAGGUGCCGGGAAGGUGUGGUGGUGGUGUGCAGGUGUGGUCGUGCAGGUGUAGCCUCACUCUCUGUGUGCUGCUGUGUCUCCUGUGUCCGGGACAAUGGUUCUUAGGGUCACUGUUGAACCUACAUCCUAAUUUUGUGAUAGAGCAAUAAUUUUUUCUACUUUUUUAAUGUUAUUUUGUUGCCACUUGAAUCUGUAAGUGAAUGUCUCAUCACUGGUGCAGUUUGGGAAUCCUUUAUGCAAAAUUGUCAAAUGAAGCUUCCAAUGCUCCCAGUUGCUGACAUGAUGUAAAUUUGUAUCUGCAGGUCGCAAAAUUUGUAUUUCUCAAGGUCACUUACUGCUCAGAAAAUUUAUUAUGGAGUAAAAUUGAUCAUAAGACAAAGAAAACAUAUCUUUAGGAAAUGUGCAAGGAAAUAUUUUGUUGUAAGAGACUGGAAUACCUAUUGACUUGAUUCAUAGUACAAUGGGAUGAGAUACAUCAAAUCUGAGGAAAAAACAUAUAAACAUAAAAUCUCACGUAUGACAGCAACAUACAUAUAUAAUGAUGUCGUACUUAGAGAUACUUCAUUAUCUUUAGCAAAUAAGAUUUUGUAAAAGCACCAUUAUUUUUAUGUCAAAGUAUUACUGGGUGUUUGGCACAAAUGUUAUUGUAUCAGAAUAUGUAAACUGAUUUCUUGAUUAUUCCUGUACCUUGGAGAGUAAGACGAUAAUUUGAAAUGAGGUGGCGGUGAAGUGGUUUGUCUUUGGAUGCACAGACCAAUGACCAGCCUUACUGUAUUGUUUUGUCACUAUUGUCAUUUCAUUGAUUUGCUUUUAUCCUUAGAAACUGCAAUAAUUAUUCUUUUCCAUUUGAUUUUUGUAUUGUAAUGAGUUUUCAUGGUGAUCAUUGAUUAAGAGUAGGACACAUAUAUGAAAAAAAUACAUGCUUGCCCUUUACCAUCAGGAACCAGCAGGUGUGUGUGUGUGUGUGUGCGUGUGCGUGUGCGUGUGUGUGUCCCAUGACGAUAGACAGAGACCAUGUGAGGAGACACUUGCAACGAGCAGGUGUGUAUUGACUGUCAACCACAUAAAUGAGUGAAAUAAAUCCAUUCAAAACCAAUAUGCAGUUUUCAAACCAGUGAUUUAGAAAUGAAGAAGUAAACACAUUUGUUGGUCAUUAAUACAACCUCACUUUCCCAGUACAUAUCCUCGACCUGCAAGUUUGUAUUAUUGGCAUGUUUGAAUUAGAGGCCACGGUAUUGACUAACAAAAUCAUUGCAAAUGAAAGUAAAACUGCUUGCCACUCUAAAUGGUGAAAUGGUGUGCCUGCCUCCCAGGACACAGCCAAUACAAACAUCACUCAGGAAUUCAACCUUGCAAGCAAAAUGACACAAGGAAGGAAGGAUUAUAGAUGCAAAACACAAGAAUGAGCAUUUGCACUUUUCUCCAUCACUGGUAAAGUUAAGCUACAUAUUGGCAAUUCAUAAUAAAAUUCUAUGGAUGUGUGGUCACUGAACAAGGUAUCUAUCUGUACGUACGCCAGCCAUACUAAAGUGUGUGAAUACUGGAAUGAGAUACACUACAACCAAGGAUUCUGAAACUCAUAUGCUACACCUCAAUGACUUACAAAAGGUUCAGGUUGAAGUUACGCUACUUUUUAAUAGUAUUUUUUAUGGUUCUAGUGACAGACCAACAAGACUUACAUUUUGAACCAGAAAAAUACUCUUGGAAAAUAUGUUAAGCAUCACUGCGCCCAUUAAAUAUAGUCGCGGUGAGAGCACUGUUUCAGAAUACGAGACUAAAUUUUAACCAGAACUAUUUGGUCAGUUUCCUCUUCACAGAUCUCUUCCCCAAGGUUCAUGUAUGUAAUAAAGUAAGGGAAAGACUUAUGAUGUAUUAGUUUCGCCUCCAAGGUACACCAGCAGACGCCAGAGAAUGUGCACGUCCCUGUCCUGGCCCUCGUGUGCGCCACCUGUACUGUCCACCAAGAGUGCUGUUUGUGUGCAUAUGAAGUAAACAUUAACCAAUCUGU